CAGCUGAUCGGUAGUGGUACUACCAAUGGGUAGACGUAAUCACACACGUGGCUCGUAGAACAUCUGACUAUUAGCGAUGCAUCAGAUUGUCUCUUUCAGCUACUGUAGGUGGCGUGCCUUUCGUGCAUUUCGUGGUGCUUUAUUCCGGGGUGCAAUGGACAGUGCGUUUGCUAGUAAGGGCACUAGAGACCUAAAGCGAUACUGUUGUCAUCUGUCAGUUGAUCAACAGUACGAGGAAGCAGUGCAAGCCUUGAAUGGCUUGCAGACAAAUGCUGCUGUUUUACAACGUGUGCGAGAGCAGCGGGGGCGAUCUUCUAACACCAACAUUCCAGAAACUGAGGCCUUUUUACGCAGAGUUGGUGUAUCUCUAGAUGACUUGGAUAAACUAUCUGUAAUUCAUAUAGCAGGAACCAAGGGUAAAGGUUCAACUUGUGCCUUUAUUGAGAGUAUUUUACGAGAGCAUGGGUACAGAACUGGAUUCUAUUCAUCGCCACAUCUUGUUGCAGUCAGAGAAAGAAUACGGAUAAAUGGGCAGCCGAUUCAAAAGGAUAGUUUUACACAGCAUUUUUGGGAUGUUUAUAAUGCUCUCUCUGCAAGUAAGGAAUCUGAGGAUGAUAUGCCUGCAUAUUUCAAAUUUUUAACAGUAUUGGCCUUGAAAGUGUUUUUGAGAGAAGAAAUUGAUGUUGCUGUCAUAGAAGUAGGCAUUGGAGGAGAGUAUGACUGCACUAAUGUUAUCAGGAAACCUGUUGUUUGUGGCAUAACAACACUUGACCUUGACCACACAUCAAUAUUGGGAACAACUGUAGAUUCCAUAGCAUGGCAUAAAUCUGGUAUAAUGAAGCCUAAUAUACCAACAUUUACUGUUGACCAACAACCUGGAUCUUCUCUUAGUGUUUUGAUGGCAAGGGCCAAAGAGAAAAAUUGCGCAUUGUAUUUGGUUCCACCUCUGGAGAGCUAUGGAUGGGGUGCUAGGCCAUUGCAGCUGGGGCUAGCCGGAAGUGUACAGUACAGCAAUGCUUCUUUGGCCCUUCAGCUGUCUCGCUAUUGGAUUGAUUUCCAAAAUAAAGACUUAGUCAUUAAGAAAUCAGUGGAAGAAGGAAAUGGACCAGAAAUUGCUGCUUCAUUUACUCUCAACGAUGAAGAAGUGUGUGGUCUUCGCUCUGUCGUCUGGCCUGGGAGGUCACAGAUGAUGACAUGUGACCAUCUACAAUUUUUCAUUGAUGGCGCUCACACAGUUGCAAGCAUGCAGGCAUGCAUUGAUUGGUUUACAAAGGCCUCACAGUUCUCUCUUCAACAAAAUGAAAAUGUGUACCGUGUUCUCCUCUUCAACUCGACUGGUGAUAGAGACCCAGAAACGCUGUUGCAGUUUUUGGCAAUGUGUGACUUUGAUCUUGCUGUUUUUACUACAAAUCUGGCUACCAUGUCUAUGAGUGCUUCAUCAGAUCAGACCAACUACACAAUAUCAAAAGACCAAAUGCAUUUGAGAUGUGAACGUCAAAGAAAUUCUUGGAUCAGACUUGUUAGAGAGUUUCGGAAAAACAAAGCCGUUUGUGAAACUCACGAUGGUGCAACGUUUGAAAACACUCCAGUGAAUCUAAAAGAAUAUUGUGGAGAGACAGAUUUCAGUUAUUCAGAGAGGCUUCCAGCUACUGAUGUUCCCAGCAUAAUUUUUCCAUGUAUUAUGGAUGCUCUUUUAUGGCUGUCAUGUGGAAGGUGUCAGUCAUUGCACGGUGAAUUAGUGACACCACCAGCCUUCCCACCCCCAGAGCAGUUACGUGAGGCAUCACAAGUACAGAUUCUGGUAACUGGAUCACUUCAUCUUGUAGGAGGUUUACUUGGAGUUAUAGACCCUGGUCUUUCCUGUGCCAAUCAUACCCGUACUUUUCAGAGUAAACAGCCUUCUCUUACUGACCUUGUCCGCAGCAGUUAUUUUAAAUCUUCUCCACUUGGUGCUCCUUAAUGUGAACACACUGAUGUUAAUGUUUUCUAGUAAAGUUUGAUAAUUUA